GAAGUAGCCUGAAUGACAAACGUAAAGUUGUGGAGAAAAGAAGCAAGAAAAAGUUAACAUAAAGUAUUUGGAUUACAGGUUUUGAGGCGCAGCUAAGUAAGAAGACCGUUUUCCUUGCAACAUUCUGAGCUGUCACAACAUUAUGGCAUACAACGAAUCAAUGGUCGUGGUCAGUGGGACGCAAGUUUCUUACAUUGGACACGACUGUGAGGACAUUCCAAGUUUUCUUGGAGAAAGAUUUGGGGGGUUUGCAAGAAGGUUGGAUCUCAGUUUCAACAGAUUAAGGUCACUGGUGGGACUGAAUGCGUUCAGCGUGCUGGAGGAGCUGAUUGUGGACAACAAUCUGGUGGGAAACGACCUCCAGUUACCCAGGUUACCCCACCUCCAAACCCUCACACUCAACAAGAACCGACUCACUGAUAUCGAGGCUCUGCUGGAGCAUUUGGCGGAAGUGGUGCCGGCGCUGGAGUACCUCAGCCUGCUGGGAAACGAGGCCUGCCCCAAUCAGCUGGUGAGCCUGGACAAAGACGAGGACGACUACCAGAGAUACAGAUACUUUGUGCUGCACAAAAUGCCCAAGCUGAAGUUCCUGGACACCAGGAAAGUGACCAAAAGAGAGCAGGCGGAAGCUACUGCCCGGGGGGCCUUCAUGAAGGUGGUCAAGCCGAAGGGUGACGAGGACUCCAGUGACAGGCCAGAAUGCCAUGCCACUCCUUACACACCUUUACCAAGAGGAUCCAGAGACGGCAAAAAUCACAAAGGAGUGUUUGCCAAGUGCCGUUAUGUCUACUACGGGAAGCAUUCAGAAGGCAAUCGCUUCAUCCGCAAUGACCAGCUCUGACAGCCAGGCCGGCGCUGACACCUUGUUUUAAAUAGCCAUACAUUCCCACAACUCUCUUUCGAAAUAUCCAGAUUGCCAGUCGCCGUGGAGCGCUCCAGCCCCCCCACACUACCCCAGCCCCCACCCCCACCCCCCCCCACACAGCCCUCUAGUGCUUUGUGCUGACUCCACCGUCCCUGUCAGCUCCAGCGCCGCAUCUUCGUCUGAGCAGUCCCCGCCAGAUUGACAUGAUUGCCUUUAAGCAGAGUCCCCAGCACCACUGCAGCCCGCCCCCCCCCUCUCCCCACCUACCCCCACCCACCACCUACCCCCCCUCGUCCCAUCCCUCCACUGGCCAGACUGACAGACAGCUCCGGCCAAGUGCCUGCGCUGACAGGAUGAGCGCCAUGAUGGAUUGCCUGGCCCAAGCGCUGCUCGCCAGAGGUCAGGGGUCACACCUGAGGCUUCAUUGGGCAUGCGCCAGACGGCCAGGGCGACAGAGAAAGGCCGCUCUCAAAGUCAAAGCUAAAGUUAAACCACUCCACACUAUACACACACACACACACACACACACACACACACACACACACACACACAGGCAGCCGUGGUGGUGGGGAGUGGCUCUGCUUCACACAUUCCAUUUCCUGUAUGCAUAAUCGAUCUGUGCUUUUGAUGCCAGUGUGCUGGAUUUUGCCAUGUUUAUGUUUUUUGUAAAAUGUUUAUGGGUUCCUUACUGUGUGCUUACAUCUGUAGCUGCUGUAUGCAAUCUGUGCACUUUCCCAAUGGAAGAUAUUGAAGCAGGUCAUGCAGGCACUAGUUGUAGGCUUUGUAUUGUGGUGGAUAUGUUUUGGAUAGACAUUGUAAAUAUAUGGAUCAGGUUUCAACUUUUGAUCAAGCUCUAAAUGUUACUAUUGUGAGAUGGGGAUAUAUGAUUUCUACCGGUACAUUGCAAUUGUACUUUUAUAUUGAAUUUGAAACCAUGAGCAAACCAAGAUGUCACUGAUAAUAUUUUAGGAAAUAUCUAAAAAAAGAAACAACAAUUUUCUUGUCUUUCUUUUUCAUAAUUGUAGUAACCAUUCCGGCUCUCUUAUCUUGUAAAUGUGUAAAUCUCUGCCAGCGGCUUUGGUGUGAGUGUGAGUGUAAGUGUGUGUGUGUGUGUGUGUGUGAGUGUGUGUGUGUGUGUGUGUGUGUGUGUGUG